AUGGAUGUACCAGACUCAGGCGCACAAGCUCCAAGGAGCAUCCUCGACUUACCGGGAUGCCUCGGGGUCACGGUGGGCGAUGUCAUUUCCGUGGGCGAAGAGGGCAGAGCGACCGAAGACACAAACGCAGCAAAUCCCGGUGCCGGGAUCCUCCUCGUGGCCAAAAUAUGUGACGCCCUGUUGAACUGGGGUGGCCAUGGAGACGACGACGCCCGGAAGGUCGCCAGCCUCGUCGCGAGAAACUUGGUCACCUGCGAAUCGUCGCACGUCAAGAUUGAGCCUGGGGUCAAUAUCGACGAGCACAACGACAGCGGGGGUACAGGAAUAGAUAACCCAACGAAGUUGGUCACCUCGAUGCUCCAAGCGCUCCUUCGUCCUACCAUCUCGCGUUCAAGGCAGGUGCGCAUCAACUCCAAUGAGCCCGUGUUGCUCGUCAAUUUCGACCACCCCAGAGACCGGAUCAACGACGUGAUUGACGCAACGGUCGAGCAGCUGCAUCAGCAGUGGAACAUCUGGCCUGUCCGCGUGUAUGGCCAUGCUGGCGCGUGCACCACCCCAAAACAAACUACGACCGGUGUCGCUGCGAGCUAUGGAGAUCCGCGCGGAAGUGGUUUUUCCAUAACAUUGCUGAAUGUCGUUAACACAGACAUUGGUGGCCCGAGCAUGCCCCAAUUACUCGACGCUGCAUGUAAUGCUCCUGAAUGGAAGAUGUAUCUGAGACGGGAGGUAUGGAGGGGACGGGACCUCGUGAUCCGUGAGCAGGGCGAGGGAAACUGGGCUCAGCAGGAGGAUGCUGCCGCACAUGACGACAAUGCGUCCGAGCGAUCCUUUAGGAGUGAGAAUGGCGACGACGAUGAUAAGUCUGUCGGCUCAGAUGCUGCUAAUUUGACGGCUUCGGAAAGUUCAAGACGGCCUGAGUCGCCAGGGUGGGAGGAUGAUGCAGUUGAAGAGCACGAAGUAGUAGCUCUGGACACGGGUGCUCACGGGCAAUCCCAACACUCCGCCCAACUAGACGAGAAUGCUGUCAAGACCGACAUUGACGAUGAUGACAAUGACAGCGACACGACUCGACCCACGACCCAAAAUGAUCCGCCGGCGCAUAAGUUCAAGGCGCCUGAGAGACACAUUCAACAUCCGACGUGGGCACGCCACGAUGACAGCACAUCUCUGAUCGACCUCAUCAGAUCCCAGGCGUCGCUGAUUGCACCAUUCGGGACAGAGGAUGCAGGACAUGGCGUCGGUGACGUCGAGGGUGAGGUGGCCAAGUUGAGAUCAGAGGAGCUCGAGUCACCAUCGCCCGGCGACGACGAGUUUAUCGUUGUUUGA